GAACGUAUCCAUCCUUUGGUUUUCCAAUAUUUACAACUAGCUUGUCCUCCGGUACAGUCGUGUACGCAAGUACUCGGACGUAAUUGUUUUUAACUCGACAAGUUACUGUAUAGGUGAUCGGCGGAGUGUCGUUUGAAUUUAGAUAUCGGUGUUUUAUUUAUUUUUUUAAUUUUGUAAAAUUUAGUGUAACCUAAAGUGCCAGUACUAGUAAAAUGACGGUGCCGGCGGGUAAUAUCGUUGUCGGAAUAAUCGAAGAUCUCUCCCCCAAGGAUCAACAAGCUAAAAUAAAGAACAGACUUCUAAUUUGGUGUUUACUGUGGUGGCGAGCUAUAUUUGCAGAGUUUCUAUCUACAAUGUUUCUGGUGCUGAUCGGCUGCAUGACAUGUAUACCGAGCGACGGAGUUCAUCCCAAUCCUCCCAUCUAUGGUGCUCUUGGCUUUGGAUUCGCUGUGUUGUUCACUGUGCAAGCUUUUGGACAUAUAUCUGGUGCUCAUAUGAAUCCAUGUGUCACUUUAACUGCGGUGUUAUGGAAUAAGAUAUCCUUACCACUUGGGGUAGCGUAUGUUAUAGCUCAAUGUUUGGGUUCAAUUUUUGGUUAUGGUAUCCUAAUGCAAAUAUCGCCGACCGAUUUAAUUUUAAACGGUAUUUGUACAACUCAGCCACACGAGAAGCAUUCUGUGAUGCAAACUUUUAUCGUUGAAUUGAUUUUGACGUCGGCUUUAAUAUUUUUAGUCUGUGCAAUAUGGGAUCCUUUGAAUAGUAAUUCACAGGAAUCGACAUCAUUAAAAUUUGGUUUCGCUGUGGCGGGGUUUUCGAUGGCGGGUGGUCCACUGACAGGCGCUAGUCUGAACCCCGCGAGGUCACUUGGUCCGGCCCUUUGGACGGGUGUUUGGAUCUUUCACUGGGUUUACUGGACGGGUCCCUUGUUUGCCAGUAUGCUGGUGUCGUUAUUCUAUAAAUACACUUGGUUGAAACCAAGUCUUGAUAUAAAGGUAAACUUAGAAGAGUAGUUUUGUUAUUAUUAAAUAAUACGUAUUAAUUUAUUUAUGUAAUAAUGAUAAGUUAAAGGUAAUCAUCCCACUAUAUUUAUAACUGUUAACGUGAAGGAUUUUUUAGUAUAGCAGGACUAAUGUCCUAUCAAAAUACAAGCUCUAAAAAAAUAUAUUGCAAUUAAAGUAAACUUUUUGUUUUUGAAUGACGAUCAUUAUUUGUAUUACGAUUAUAAAGAUAACUGUUUGCAUACUUUUGUAAGUUGUUUCUUACCUGUUUUAAACUAAGGAAGUAGGCAUGUCGCUUUACGCAAAACAUUUUAUAAAUACACAGGACUCUGCUGCAUAUCCUUUGCUGGCUCCUAUACCAUGAAGACGUCAAUGGAAGACUGGAAUGCUGGUUCUACAAAUAUGGAUUAGGUACUACGUAGUAUUUUAUUAAGGUUUUUAUACUAUUUAAAUAAUACUGAAAAAAAAAUUAAGACGUGGAUAAUGUUGAUUAGUUUUUUAAAAAAUAAUCUAGUUUUUUGUUGGUUAAUUUACACUAUAUGAAUAUUGUAUAGUAUCUAGUUUUAAUAAUUUAUAAAAUAUUGCUAAAAUGUAAAAGUAAGCAAAUCUG